AUGGACACUGAAAAACUGCAACCGCGAGACGCCUUCGACACUGAGCAUCUGACGACAAACAGCGGCGCUCCAGUUGACGACAGCCUCAAUUCGUUGACCCUUGGUGAACGUGGUCCAGUUCUGUUGUCUGACUUCCACCUCGUCGAGAAGCUCGCCAACUUUGACCGCGAGGUAAUUCCCGAGCGGCGAGUUCACGCGCGCGGCAUCGCAGCAAAGGGUGUCUUCAUCUGCACGAACGAUGUAUCCAAAUACACCAUGGCGGACCCGUUCACCGAAGUCGGAAAACGGACGCCGAUGGCUGUCAGGUUUUCCACCGUUGUGCAUUCGAGAGGCUCGCCGGAGACGCUUCGCGACCCGCGUGGGUUUGCGACCAAGUUUUAUACCGGGAAAGGCAACUGGGAUCUCGUGGGGAAUUUAGAACCGGUGUUCUUCAUUCGAGAUGCUAUGCAGUUUCCGGAGAUGGUGCAUGCUUUCAAACCGAGCCCGAAGACAGAGAAGCAGGAGUGGCAUAGAAUUUUAGACUUUCUGUCCUUUCAUCCAGAGUGCAUGCAUAUGAUGACAUGGCUGCUCGAUGAUGUGGGAAUUCCAAAGAAUUAUACCACUAUGAAUGGCGCUGGUGUGCAUACUUUUGUGAUGAUUAAUGCCGCAGGGAAGGAGACAUAUGUUAAGUUCCACUGGAUUUCCGAGCAAGGAGAACACAAUUUAUUGGACGAUGAGGCCAAGCAGGUUGCCGGGGAGGACUUCAGUCAUGCUACAUCGCAUCUUAUCGACAGCAUUGAGAUGGGUAACUACCCGGCUUGGCGGCUGAAGAUUCAAGUGAUGGAUCCGGCGACGGAACUGAACCAUAGCUGGGGGGAUCCUCUUGAUCCUACUAAGACCUGGCCGGAGAAGGACUUUCCCAUGAUACAAGUCGGCCGUAUGGUUCUCAAUCAGAACAUGGACAACCAGUUCUUACAGACUGAGAGCCUUGCCUUCUCUCCAGGAAAUGUCAUUCCAGGCAUCACUUUCAGUCAAGACAAGUUGCUGCAAGGGCGCAUAUUCAGUUAUGCUGACACGCAGCGGUACCGUCUGGGUGCAAAUUACUUGCAAAUUCCUAUCAAUGCCCCACGUUGUCCGUUCAUGAACAGACAGUUUGACGGUGCUGGAGCGACAAUGCACCGCAAAGAGGAGGUCAACUACUUCCCUAGCACGCUUCAUAAUGCAGAGACCGUUGGGGAAUCGCAUGUACCCAAUGUGAAGCGGCCGGUGUCCGGGACGCAGACUCGCCGUGCACUCUCCAAGCAGAACAAUUUUGGACAGGCAGGGGAGAGAUGGCGGAGCUUCGAUGAACCUAGGCGGCAGAGACUGGUGGUUCGCGCUGCUGAGAAGUUGAAUGCGCCGAGGGUGCCGAGGCAUCUCAAGAAUACGUGGAUUGAGUAUUGGACGAAAUGCGACCGUGACUUGGGGGCGAGAGUGGCGGCUCUAGUUAAGAUGAGCAGCUUGUAAUUGGCUCGAAGUGUGUAGUGCGUGUAGAGAUGAGUAGAAAGUCGAGCUGCGAACAGGCAUCGAUAGCGUCGCGCGUAUGUGCACUAUUAAAUGAGUGGGCUAGACGAUUCCGUUUAA